AUGACACCCAAUAUCGGGCAGGGAGCAAACAUGGCAAUUGAGGACGCAGCAGCCCUGUCAAACUUACUGGGGCAUCUGAAAAUCUCGAGCUCCUCACCCCCAACUGAUUCCCAGAUAGAGAAGCUUUUGGAUCAAUAUCGGACAAUCCGAUAUCAGCGCGUUAAAUCCAUCUACCGAAGCUCACGAUUCCUGGUCCGCUUUCAGGCUCGAGAUGGUCUGUUCAAUACUCUUCUAAGUCGAUACUACGCACCUUACGCCGGGGACCUGCCUGCCGAUAUGGCGUCCAAAACAAUUGCCGAUGGGGUGAUGUGUGACUUUCUGCCUCAUCCAAAACGCAGUGGCGAUGGGUGGAAAAGGUAUCGGAGAAAUGGCCAAUCAUGGGGCUGGUGGGCUCAAGCUAUGAUGUAUAUUCUCAUACUUAUCAUCUUGUAUAAGUGGGCUGGUAGAGACUAUUUAGGCUCGAUGAUCAUCUGCGCUCCGUUAGAUUACCUACGUUCUAUUCCUGGGAAAAAUAUCCGGGGCAAAUUGAUCCUCGCUUUCAAUGAAUGGAUUCAACUACCUAACGAUAAGCUAGCCAUUGUCCAGGAAGUGAUCAAUCUACUACACACGGCAUCGCUGCUCAUCGAUGAUAUACAAGAUGCGUCUCGGCUCCGUCGAGGCCACCCGGUGGCUCAUGAAGUUUUUGGCGUCGCUCAAACGAUAAACGCGGCAAAUUACGCGUAUUUCCUACAGCAGGAAAGACUGAACGAAAUCAAUGAUCCGCGCGCAUUUCAUAUCUUUACCCACGCCCUUCUAGAUUUGCAUCGAGGUCAAGGGAUGGAUCUCUACUGGCGUGAUGCGGUAGUCUGUCCGACGGAGGAGGAAUACAUCCAGAUGGUGAUCUACAAAACUGGGGGGUUAUUUCGACUAGCAGUGGAGUUGAUGGAAAUUCAAAGCACAAGGACCGUAGACUUGUCCAAACUAGUGGAGUUAUUGGGUGUCAUCUUCCAGAUCCGUGAUGACUAUAUGAAUCUACAAAGUGGACUCUACGCUGAAAAGAAAGGGCGCAUGGAAGAUUUGACCGAGGGCAAGUUCUCAUAUCUCGUCAUUCACAGCGUUCAUGCAGCCCCCGAGAAUACCUUUCUAGUCGACAUUCUCAAGCAACGCAGCGAGGAUGACGCUCUCAAGAUUCGUGCUGUCCAGUACAUGGAGUCAACUGGGAGCUUUCAGUACUGCCGGGAGACUUUAGGCCGGUUGGCCCAGCAGGCACGCACUCAUGUUGAAGAGUUGGAAGCUUCAUUGGGCCCUAACAAGGGGAUUCAUCGUAUUCUCGAUUUACUUCAUGUCCAGCAACCGGAUGAGAAGCCUACCGUUUGA